AUUUGUUUAUAACUUUCAAAUAGAAACGCUUCGAAGCAGAAAUUCUAGAUUGAAUCAAACCUUCGCCAAUUUAGAAUUCCAAAGGCAUAAAAUCGACGUACGAAGGCCGUUGAGAGUGGAGCACAAAGUGAGGUUGAGAUAAAUAGCAAUAUUGUGAAUAUCUAAUGGAUGCUCAGAAUUUAAGUCCCGUAUCGCCUCCCCCUUUUCCUGGGUCGGCGUCGACGAGUUCCACAUGCAAGAAAAUGUUGAUGAACAAUUUAAAGCCUAGAAGGUGCAGCUAUGUGUCCACAGCAACAAGAGAUUUAUGGGAUCGUCUAUUCGAUAAAGGCUAUAAAGCAGAUGUUUGCAUUAAUACUCACAAUGGUGGUAUUCUCUUUGCUCAUUCUAACGUUCUUGGGAUGGCUUCUCCAGUAUUGAGAGGCGUGCUUCAGCGUCAGCGAUCAAUCUCCAUUCUUGGGGUUCCACAUGAUGCUGUCCGAGUUUUUAUUAGAUUCCUGUAUUCAUCCUGCUACGAGAAAGAAGAAAUGGAGGAAUUGGUGUUGCCUUUGUUGGUGCUGUCACAUGCAUUUGUUGUACCUCACUUGAAGCGUGAAUGUGAAGAGAAGCUAGAGAUGAGUUCACUCACCAUAGACAACGUAGUUGACGUAUUUCAGCUUGCAUUGCUAUGCGAUGCUCCACGGCUGAGCCUAAUUUGUUACCGGUUGAUCUCAAAGAAUCUCAAACCUGUUUCAGAGCCUGAAGGUUGGAGGGCAAUGAAGCAGAGUCACCCAUUUAUGGAAACCGAAAUUCUGCAACAUAUGGCUGUGGAAGAAAAUAGAAAGAGGAUGAGGAAGAGGAAGAGUGAAGAAAGGAAGAUGUAUAUGGAACUGUACGAGGCAAUGCAGGCACUGGUUCACAUCUGUAGAGAUGGGUGUCGAACAAUUGGUCCACACGAUAAAGAUUUAAAAGCAAAGGAGGCUCCUGUGCAUUAUUUUGCCUGCAAGGGGAUAGAAUUGCUUAUUCGUCAUUUUGUUGCUUGUAAAUUAAGGGUCCCACGUGGUUGCAUGCAUUGUACGAGAAUGUGGCAAUUAUUGCAGUUACAUUCUCGACUAUGCGGCCAUCCCCACACCUGUAAAGUUCCUUUAUGCAGGAGCUUCAAGCAAAAAUUAUCGAAUCAAAGAAAGAAAGAUGAGAUGAAGUGGAAAACAUUGGUUCAAAAGAUUUUGAGAACAAAGGGUAUUGCCGUGGCGCCGAUUUUUCAACAGCAAUAGCCAAAAGUUCGAGGCGAUGAAACGAAAUUAGUGUGAAAUCAG